GUGCCUGUAUGCUGGUGUAGAUGAACACAAAGAGCUCAAUGAUUCAUCACCUUCACUCUGUGAUGUUGUGACCAAGUCUGUGAUGAUUUCUUUGCUGUGGGAUAACUCUCCCCAGGCCUCAACAAGCAACACAGAUGUGAAAAGGAUCAUGUGGUCUAAAUGCGUGAAACCUGAGCUUCCCUGGCACAGUAAGGCUGCCAGCAGUAUGAGAAGGUCUAUUAGGAAGACGUCACCAGUCAAGACCGCUGUGCACACUGAACAGGAGCCUCACAUCAGAGCCACCCAGAAUGAGGGAAAACCCAGCCAGUCACAGGCCAAACACUAUGAGACACCCGUAUGGGCCCAGAGAGCCAAGGAGCGAAUUAAAAGUGCAUUGAAGCCCCUGGAAUCUCCAGCUAAUAAGGAGCCAACCUUAACAACUGCCCCACAAACACCUGAGUGUAGCAACAAGGCAGGAUGGUUUAAUGUACUUGAGAACCAACCCAGGACAAAGUCAGCCCGGCAGAGUGUGAGGGUCCAACAGAUGACACCAGAUGACAUCAGUCUAUUUUAUUUUCUUGAGAAUCAACACGCUCAGCAAGUUGAAACAAUUGAGGAUAUUGUGACCUGCUUAAUAGGCGAAAUCUAUUAUGAUGAGACAGGUACCCAACCAGACACCCAGAUUCCUGGCCUGAGUGAAACAGCUUUGGACCUCAUUGAUAAUGUGGUGGAUGAGCUAAAGAACACCCCAAGUGACCUGUUUGGUUUACAUACCGAUGAGUCUCUGGUCCUCCCAUCUAGUUAUAAACAUCAGGUGGCCAAGAGUGUUCACAAAGAAUUGCUUUCCUGCACUGGUUCCCAAGAAAGCUUGUGGAAGGCUGUAUCCUUGGGCCACAUGGUGAAAGAGAUUGCCAGCUCAAUCUCUCUGGAGGUGUCCAAAGUAACCAGCAAGAUUGGGGCUGUCUAUCACACUAGUGUCGAUCACACUGAUAGUCCAAUCUCACCCGGCCCCAGAACGGACACAAAUUCUACCUGGGUGUCCUGUGCAGACUCAGACAUCUCUGAAGAUCUUGUCCUCAGAAUCCUAGACUUCAUAUCUUACUGUCGGUCACCAGACAGCACCUGGAAUGGGCCACAGAGUCGAUGCUCCACUGAUAUGACCGGAGAUCUCAUGGAUGCAGUCAUGGUGGAGCUCUUCACUAACACAGCCAUGCUGACGAUUCCAGUAGGUAAGCACCAGCAAAAAUGGUGCAAACCCUCCCUUACAGAUCUGGAGAAAGCUGCCAGAUUAGUGUAUAAGAAGAUGGUAAAGGAAACUGGCUCAGCUGCAGCUUUGCAAGACGCUCUCAAGCUCAGAAGGAAGCUUGUAGUCACAGCACUGGCUGAUGUAGUGGCAAAGCAAGUGUACAAGCACUUCUCAGAACAGGAGUCAGACUCCACAUAUCUCCCAGACCAAACCAGCCACAAAGAUGACUGCCCUGUUACAAGCCACAGUAACAGACAACUCACACCUGAGCUUGCUGCUGCUCAAUCUGCCAGUGAGUGCAUAGUGAACUGCAAGGCUGUGUGGGAGAUCAUUUCCAGACUGCUGCAGGAGAUUUGUCCUAACGUGCCCAUGGAAGAGAAGCCCUACCUUUAUGCUCAGGAUCUUUUUCAUAGUGCUAUAAAUAAGCUGUCUGAGUCUCCAGGGGUAACAGUAUGUGCUGAUGAGACUAUCUGUGACGUCUGCCGCCAUCCACAGGCCAUUGAGUUAAUCUGCGGCCGUGUUCUGGAGUGCCUGCAAUUUCAGAUUAACCUCAUGGGCUACAAUUUAAACUCUGCCCUGGAUGCCCAAGACGAGGCUCUCAGCUACUUCAUUGUUGCUCAUCUUGUGCAAGAGACCCUGCUGUUGAUCUCAAAUCAGACCAAUGGCAGCUCCCCUGAAGUAGACUCAGGUUCCCACCGUCAACCUGAGAGUCAAACACAACCAUGUGUAGUGAGCAGCAAAGUAAAUUAUGAAGAUUGGCCAACUUGUCAGUCAAACAUCACUGUACCAAAGGGCCAUUCCACCAUUUCUGCAACCAAGGGCUUGUCACCUAGGGCUUGCCUUUCCACUGUGUUUGCAACCAAGGGCCUACCACAGAUGCCAGGUCAAACAUACACUGGCAGAAGAAGGCACACAGUCCUGAGUGUGAAAAUAAAAAAGCACUCUCACAGAGGAAUUCAUAUCACACCGUCAGAAAGGAUAAUUCGGUUGAAGGAAAUGCAGAGGGAGUCAUCUUCUGAGGUCUCAUCAGUUUCAGUGGAGAUGUUUUCUGAAAGCCAUGGACAGAGAAGAGGGUGUUUUGGAUGGCUCCUCUCUAAGGUGAUGUGCACUGAAGACAUCCACUGGUUCGAGUAAUGUUUGAGUGUAACCAAACAUUCAAACCUAAGCUGAAUGACAAAUACAAGUUGAAGGGUGGAGGAAUGUAAAUAAAUCAAAGCAAGCCUACUUUGACCUAUUAUUGUGAUUCAGUAACAGGUGAUUCACCGUGGUUUUAGUAAGUCAUAGAAUUUCCAUUAUAUGUAUAGUCAUUUCGGUUGCCAACCUUCCAUAGCUAGCUAAGUAUAUGACGCAAAAAUUAUUUGCUGGUUUGAAUGAUGCCUGAACAGCAUAGCCUAUUAUGAACACGGUGCCAGAAACAUUCCAUUUAAUAAUAUUCAGUGCCUUCAGAAAGUAUUCACACAUUUCAUUAUAUGUGUAGUCAUUUUGGCUGCCGACCUUCCACAGCUAGCUAAGUAUAUGAAACAAAGAUUAUUUGUUGGUUUGAAUGAUGCCUGAACAACAGUAUAGCCUAUUAUGAACACAGUGCCAGAAACAUUCCAUAAAAAAAAUAUACAGUGCGUUCAGAAAGUAUUCUCACUAUGACAAUAACCUAAAAUGCAAGGCCAAAUCUACACCGUAGUUGCUUUCCAAGAAGACACUGAAUAUUCAUGAGUGGCAGAGUUACAGUUUACACUUAAAUCUGCUUGAAAAUCUAUGGCAAUGAUCAAUAACCAAUUUGACAGAGCUUGAAGAAUUUUUGAAAAAAAAAUGAAGAAAUGUUGCACA